AGGUGGCAUGGUAAGUUAUUGAAGGUGGGUUGUGUUGUAGAGUGUUGUUGUAGAGUGAGGUAAUAAUCUUACCAACUCUGCUUCCAAAGCACCACCACCAGACUCUCACUAGUCUGUUGAAAUACAGUAAAGUGUGAACUCUGACUGAAGCUUGUUCCACACUCCUGUGAGUCUCCUUGUAGAUUUUGUGUAGUUCUUCUGGAAUUUGUACCCGCUCAUGAGAAGUUGUCCACAUGAGCUGGAAAGCUCUCUGGCUCUGAAAGUGAGAUGAGCACCACAUGCCAUAGUCGAACUCGGCUGGACUUAACUGUCCAGGGGUCGUUUACCUUCUACCUGUACAGUAUAUAAACCCUGAAUGUCAGGCAACAGCUGACCUGAGCCAUGUAGGGGGUGGGGGAAGUGGACCCCCCUUUUCAGGGAUCCCUCUGAAGUAUAAUGUGAUGUUUUGAUGCAACACAUAAUAUGAGUGGUGUUUUAUUGUUUAUUGUUUAUGUUUACUUGUUUAGUACACCGUUUGCUUAAUUGUUCCAUAUAAUUUGUUCAAAAACAUUGGUUUUUUCAUGUAAAUUAUCAACAUGUUUCAUCUUAAAUAAAUAAAUAUUGCAUAAAAUAAUAGUAUGCAACUAUUAUUGCUCUACAUAAAAUCUAAAAUUUAUGUUUAUUAGUUCACAAUUUAACAUACUGAGAGUAAAUGAGUCAAAUUCCUAUGUUUUCAUCACUCGUAGUGAGGCAAAAUUUCAAUCUGUAGGAGCAGGGUCUAAAUAUUAACCGAUUUGUCCCAAAUUUGAAAUUAGACUAUGUUUAUACCAUACGCCUGAUAUAAGAUCAAGGGAGGAAACAUUUUCCAAAAAAAGUUUUUUAUGACCCACCCUAAUGCCUAUACUUUGGAACUCCCUGCCUCUUGACAGCAGGUGGUCACCUUCCCUGUACUCUCUUCGCUGGUCACCCAAAACAUUUUAUCCUGUCCAGAUGUUUAGAGAGCUGGUGCAAGUUUUGCUCUGCUUUCAGCCGGUUGCUAUUUUAGCUGCUUGAGGUCUUACAUUAUUCUUGUUAAUUCUUCUUGGAAACAAUGCCUUAUGAGGAACGGCUUAGGGAGAUGGGUAUGUUUAGCCUGGAGAAGAGAAGGUUAAGGGGUGAUAUGAUAGCCAUGUUCAAAUAUAUAAAAGGAUGUAAUAUAGAGGAGGGUGAAAGGUUGUUUUCUGCUGCUCCAGAGAAUUGGACACGGAGCAAUGGAUUCAAACUACAAGAAAGAAGAUUCCACCUAAACAUUAGGAAGAACUUCCUGACAGAGCUGUUCGGCAGUGGAAUUUGCUGCCAAGAAGUGUGGUGGAGUCUCCUUCUUUGGAGGUAUUUAAGCGGAGGCUUGACAGGCAUAUGUCAAGAAUGCUUUGAUGGUGUUUCCUGCUUGGCAGGGGGUUGCGACUGGGCUCUGACUCCCAGCAUUGCCCCCGAUCCUGGAGGGUGCUGGCUGCAGGGGCUGAUGGGAGCUGGAGCCCAGCGACACCUGCAAGGGUGGCCCUGGGUGCUCACCAUCCCUCGCUCAGGUGGGCCUCCUACGUUUCUGACCCAGCAAGGCAGCAGCCUACAGCAAUGUUGCAGGUCUUUUGGGGGGACGGAGAGCCUUGGCUGUUGUGCUAUGCAAAGAAAUGGGCUUGGUUUGAACUUAAGAAGAGCUUGCUGGACCAGGCCAGCGUCCUUCUCUCACAGAGGCCAACCAGAUGUUAGUGAGAUGCCCACAAACAGGAUCCAAACACAAGAGCCCUCUCCCUUCCUGCAGUUUUCCGCAACUGGUCUUCGGAAGCAUUGCCCCUUCCGACUGUGGAGGCAGAGCAGACCCAAGGUUACCAGUAGCCACUGAGAAGCCUUACCCUCCACAAAUCUGCCCACUGCUCUUCUAAAGCUGUCCGAGUUGGUGGCCGCUUCUGCCUCCAGUAGGAAGGAAUUCCACAGUUUACCUAUGUCUUGGCGCCUCCCUUGGGAAGCAGCAGUUGUGUGUCCUGCCCGGGGCCCGAGUGGCAUUCAAAGGUUCAGCAAUUUGUUGCUUUCUCAGUAAACAGUUUAUUGCCUUUGUAAUUACUGUGAUUAAGCGCCUACCCGGCGGUGGCAGGCUGCUUUUUCUGGUGUGGCAAGCGAGUUCCCUGCCACAACGAAGGGUGGGUUGCUUUCUGCCCCCCCCCCCCAUUCCACUGCCUCCUACUUUUUCCCAGAUCCUGGCAUGCCCUCCUGGUGGUUGUGUUAUUGUGGGUGAGGAGUUGUUUAAGAUUGGGUGGCUGUCUGUAGGCAAUGAAAGGUCUUCCUCCCAGAGCUUGAAAAAGAGAGCUGUCAUUGUCUAGGAGAGGUUUUUACUGUUUUAACUUGGGAGCUGUAUGUGAUUACUAGUGUUCUGUUAUUUUCUUUUUUGGGUCUGUCUUGCAGCAAGUUCUCGCUGGGUAUCAGUCUGGCUCUGUUGAUCUGUUGUUUAACUUCAUCAGGUGGAUAUUUUAGUUCUAAAAAGGUUUGCUGUAGAUCUCUUGGGUGACAGUCUCUGUCUGUAGAGUUGGAACAGAUGCGGUUGUAACGUAGGGCCUGGCUAUAUACAAUGGAUUGUUUGGUAUGUUUGGGAUGGUAGCUAGAAGCAUGUAGAUAUGUUUGUCGGUCAGUUGGUUUUCGGUAUAAGGUGGUUGGUGUCUAUACACCCAUCCUGUAUUUUUACAGUAGUGUCCCAAAAACGUAUUUCUUGCAUAGAUUGGUUCAUUUGUUAGGUUGAUUGUGGGGUGAAAGUCAUUGAAUGUCUGGUGGAAGGUUUCCAGGGUCUGUUGACCAUGUGUCCAGAUAAUAAAAAUAUUGUCAAUGUAUCGCAGGUACAAGAGAGGUUUGAGUGGGUGGGAGUUUAGGAAACGUUCUAAAUCUGCCAUGAAGAUGUUGGCAUACUGUGGGACCAUGUGGGUGCCCAUGGCUAUGCCGCUGAUCUGGAGGAACAGGUCCUCACCAAAUUUGAAGUGGUUGUGGGUAAGGACAAAAUGGCAGAGUUUGGUAGCAAAGUCCUCUGUGAUUUUAUCUGAAAUGGUGUUCCUUAUGGCUUGUAAACCAUGUGUAAAUCGCAGGCUUGUAUGUGUGGAGUGUGUUUUACUUUGAGGGGUGGUUUGGGGACCUCGGCACACAAUAAAUGGGCAACAAAAAUAGUUUGUUUAUGUUUCCUGUUUUCUUUCCCCAAGCAGAGAUAAUAUGUAAGUGUGGUGUCAGCUCUCUAAAAAGGUCAACAACUUUGGGAAAGGGGGGAGGGGCGCCGGAGGGAUCUUCGCACCACGGCGCCGGAUAUGCUUAAGACGGCCCUGGGACUACCCUUUAGGGUUGUCGUAAAUUACUGUUCCAACCCCGGUUUUUUUGCCCGUGACGGCGGCAAGGCACUGGAGCUAACUUUGGCAAGGCGAGGGGCCGCCCUUGUGGCAAGUGCUUGUCGGUGACCGGGCAGCGAAGAGCCCCGGAGGGCAGCUUUGGCGCUUAUUUGCUCCGAGGAUCGAGGCAGGCGCAGCCAUGGGCAGGGUCUCCGGGGAGCCGGCGGCAGCUUUAUAAGCCGGCGCCCUUCGUGGGGAUGGCCUUGUCUGGCGCCACCAUGCCUCCUGUCACCACCUUCCGCAAGUUGGGCCCCGAGCUCUAAAUUUUGGGAAAGGGAGGGGGCACAGGAGGGAUCUUUGCACCAAGGCGCUGGAUGAGCUUAAGACGGCCCUGCAUGGACUCCCUCUCUUUCUCUCCCCCACCGAAAGAUGCGAAAGGCGCACUCGCCGGAAGGCCGGAGCGCCCCACGGAUUCCUGCCGAGGGAUCCGUCGCGAGGGGAGCCAGACCUGCCUGUGUUCGCCUGGGCUGGGCUGUUAGAACUGGCGCCGCUACCUGACCUGCAUUGAAGGAUCUUGGUGCGAGUCAGGAGGGGGUCUCACCCUCAUAGCGGGAGCCGAAUGAGGGGUACAUCUGCCACUGAGCUGCGCCCCUCCCCCCUCAUGAGCAAAGCCCAAGUUCAAACACCAGCCCCUAUUUUUAAAAGGCACCCGUAAUGACGACACUGGGCUACCUUUUAGGGUUGUCGUAAAUUACUGUUCUAAGCCCCACAAAUCCGGUCUACUUUGCAGGGCUGUUGUAACGGGGACACCCCACGCCACGGCCCUGCCUCCCCCACGUUGUGUAAGGGGUGUGAAAAUGAACGGACUCCCCCCUCUCCCGGCAAGGGAUUAAAAGAGGGAAUGUAAACUGUGCCACCUUCGUGCCCCGGAGGUUGGGGGGGGGCGCGUCUCUUUCCCUGCCAGCUCCGGGGAUCGAACCUAGGACCUUCUCAGCAAAAAAAAAAAAAACAGCAUAACGGAGCUUGUUUUGAAUGAGAAUUUGUGCGUUCUGGGAGGGAGGGGUCAUUCAUUCCUCCUCAUGGGUCAGUGAGCUCGGCUUCCUAGAGAGGCAGGAAGGUUGGGAAGGGGGAGGGGGGAAUAAAGGUUGGAGGGGGAGGGGCGCCAUCCACAUUCCCGAAAGAGGAGCAGGUCUGCAGAGGAGGAGGGGAAAAAGAAAACAAUUUCUCUCUCCCCCACCCCCGUCGAAAAAGGACAAUGGAGAAGGCAGUCAAAAUUAUGGUGGGCCUUGUCCAAUGGGAAUAACAAAGAAAUCGUUUAAAUACAUGGAGUGUGAAAAGAGAGAGGAUAAACAAUUUGAAAGCAUGGAGUGUGGAAAGAGCUUCACUGACAGUGGAAAACUUAAAAUUCAUCAACAGACUCACACGGGGGAGAAACCAUUUCAAUGUAUGGAGUGUGAAAAGAGCUUCAGUCAGAGUGCACACCUUAGAAUUCAUCAACGGACUCACACGGGGGAGAAACCAUUUAAGUGCAUGGAAUGUGGAAAGAGCUUCAGUCAGAGUGCACACCUUAGAAAUCAUCAACGGACUCACACGGGGGAGAAACCAUUUAAAUGCAUGGAAUGUGGAAAGAGCUUCUCUGAUAGUGGAACACUUAGAAUUCAUCAACGGAGUCACACGGAGGAGAAACCAUUUCAAUGCAUGGACUGUGGAAAGAGCUUCAGUCAGAGUGGACACCUUAAAAUUCAUCAACGGACUCACACAGGGGAGAAACCAUUUAAGUGCAUGGAAUGUGGAAAGAGCUUCAGUCAGAGUGGAGACCUUAGAAAACAUCACCGGACUCACAUGGGGGAGAAACCAUUUAAGUGCAUGGACUGUGGAAAGAGCUUCAGUGGGAGUGGAAACCUUAGAAAACAUCAACGGACUCACACGGGAGAGAAACCAUUUAAAUGCAUGGAAUGUGGAAAGUGCUUCAGUGGGAGUGGAAGCCUGAAUUUACAUCAUCAGACUCACAUGGGGAAGAAACCAUUUAAAUGCAUGGAAUGUGGAAAGAGCUUCACUGAUAGUGGAACACUUAGAAUUCAUCAACAGAGUCACACAGGGGAGAAACCAUUUCAAUGCAUGGACUGUGGAAAGAGCUUCAGUCAGAGUGGACACCUUAAAAUUCAUCAACGGACUCACACAGGGGAGAAACCAUUUAAGUGCAUGGAAUGUGGAAAGAGCUUCAGUGGGAGUGGAAACCUUAGAAAACAUCAACGGACUCACACGGGAGAGAAACCAUUUAAAUGCAUGGAAUGUGGAAAGUGCUUCAGUGGGAGUGGAAGCCUGAAUUUACAUCAUCAGACUCACACGGGGAAGAAACCAUUUAAAUGUAUGGAGUGUGGAAAGAGCUUCAGUGGUAGUGGACACCUUAGAAGCCAUCAACGGACUCACAUGGGGGAGAAACCAUUUAAGUGCAUGGAAUGUGGAAAGAGCUUCAGUGGUAGUGGACACCUUAGAAGCCAUCAACGGACUCACACGGGAGAGAAACCAUUUCAAUGCAUCGAGUGUGGAAAGAGCUUCAGUGAGAGUGGACACCUUAGAAUUCAUCAACGGAGUCACACGGGGGAGAAACCAUUUAAGUGCAUGGAAUGUGGAAAGAGCUUCAGGAGGAGUGGACACCUGAAUUUACACCACCAGACUCACACGGGGGAGAAACCAUUUCAAUGCAACGAGUGUGGAAAGAGCUUCAGUCAGAGUGGACACCUUAGAAUUCAUCAACGGACUCACACGGGGGAGAAACCAUAUAAAUGCACAGAGUGUGGAAAGAGCUUCAGUCAGAGUGGAACACUUCGAUUUCAUCAACGUACUCACACGGGGGAGAAACCAUAUAAUUCCAAGGAAGCGGACAGAGGUUCAGUUGAAGUGGAAGUCUUACAAACCAUCAAAAGACUCAUGAGAAUUUGUGCGUUCUGGGAGGGAGGGGUCAUUCAUUCCUCCUCAUGGGUCAGUGAGCUCGGCUUCCUAGAGAGGCAGGAAGGUUGGGAAGGGGGAGGGGGGAAUAAAGGUUGGAGGGGGAGGGGCGCCAUCCACAUUCCCGAAAGAGGAGCAGGUCUGCAGAGGAGGAGGGGAAAAAGAAAACAAUUUCUCUCUCCCCCACCCCCGUCGAAAAAGGACAAUGGAGAAGGCAGUCAAAAUUAUGGUGGGCCUUGUCCAAUGGGAAUAACAAAGAAAUCGUUUAAAUACAUGGAGUGUGGAAAGAGCUUCACUGACAGUGGAAAACUUAAAAUUCAUCAACAGACUCACACGGGGGAGAAACCAUUUCAAUGUAUGGAGUGUGAAAAGAGCUUCAGUCAGAGUGCACACCUUAGAAUUCAUCAACGGACUCACACGGGGGAGAAACCAUUUAAGUGCAUGGAAUGUGGAAAGAGCUUCAGUCAGAGUGGAGACCUUAGAAAACAUCACCGGACUCACAUGGGGGAGAAACCAUUUAAAUGCAUGGAAUGUGGAAAGAGCUUCACUGAUAGUGGAACACUUAGAAUUCAUCAACGGAGUCACACGGGGGAGAAACCAUUUCAAUGCAUGGACUGUGGAAAGAGCUUCAGUCAGAGUGGACACCUUAAAAUUCAUCAACGGACUCACACAGGGGAGAAACCAUUUAAAUGCAUGGAAUGUGGAAAGUGCUUCAGUGAGAGUGGAAGCCUGAAUUUACAUCAUCAGACUCACACAGGGGAGAAACCAUUUAAGUGCAUGGAAUGUGGAAAGAGCUUCAGUGGGAGUGGAAACCUUAGAAAACAUCAACGGACUCACACGGGAGAGAAACCAUUUCAAUGCAUCGAGUGUGGAAAGAGCUUCAGUGGGAGUGGACACCUUAGAAUUCAUCAACGGAGUCACACGGGGGAGAAACCAUUUAAGUGCAUGGAAUGUGGAAAGAGCUUCAGGAGGAGUGGACACCUGAAUUUACACCACCAGACUCACACGGGGGAGAAACCAUUUCAAUGCAACGAGUGUGGAAAGAGCUUCAGUCAGAGUGGACACCUUAGAAUUCAUCAACGGACUCACACGGGGGAGAAACCAUAUAAAUGCACAGAGUGUGGAAAGAGCUUCAGUCAGAGUGGAACACUUCGAUUUCAUCAACGUACUCACACGGGGGAGAAACCAUAUAAUUCCAAGGAAGCGGACAGAGGUUCAGUUGAAGUGGAAGUCUUACAAACCAUCAAAAGACUCUGAGGGGUAAGAGCUGUAAGAGUGGAAACUCUACAAGCCAUCAAUUAAAGAAGAGAAAUGGUUUAAAUAGAAGGAUUGUAGAUUCUGCUUUGGUUAUUAUGGAACACUUUUUAGAGUGUAGAAUCUGUUUCUCUACGAGUUGACAAUUUCUUUCACAUCAAUAACAGGAAAUCAAUCUUAAAUGCAUGCAUCGUAUGUGAGCUGUUGUUUGUAUGUAACAUUGUCUACACUUGUUUUUAAAGUAAUGAGGGUAACAUUUCAGAAAAGUAAGCAUAAUAUAAUACUUAAUGUAGUGUUAGAUAGGGAGGGGAGUGUGUGCGUCUGGAGUGUUGCUUCUGAAUGAGGAUUGACUGAGAGUGAGAUGGUUUUGGUGUUUGGUGGAGGGAGUUGGAAAUGUUUGUAUGUGGGAAUGGAGAGUUGCACAAAGUGGAACUGAGAUUGGUGGUGUUGCUUUGGAAGCAGAGUUAGAUUAGCAUAACUCCCACUGUUAUAAUUGCAAUAAUGGAACCAUGAAGACACAGAAUAUUGAAAGCACCUACUUAUAUGCCCAAGGUAACCUUGAAACCCUCAUCUGUUGUUUUGAUAUAUAGAUAUAUUGUGUCAGGAGAUUCAGUUCCACCUUAAGACUUAGGCAUGUUGCUGCUGAUAUAUGUCACAUGUCUAGGUAUAUCCUUUUAUGGACUCUUACUUUCAGUUCUGUUCUGAGUUCUGUUCUGAACUGUUUGAUCUGAUGGAAGAGAGAAAGCAUCGUUCGCUCUCUCUUCAUGCUGUAAUAUAGCUGUAAAUAAACCACUUUAAAAUGCCUCUCUGCUGCUGCCUUAUCAUCUCCGCUGCAACCGCUGAAACUGCGUGGGCAUCUCUGCUGAUUGCGUGCUCAGGUUGCUGAGACCCUGAGUCGUGUUUGUGUUCCAUGGGAAUCACCGGGACUGAGACGAAGAGGGAGCUGCCGGCUGGACCUCCCAAUGGUGAAAUCCCAUCAAAAGGGUUCCGGGCCCAGAAGUACAAGGGUCGUCAAGCCCAGAGGAGAUGGUUGGUGGUCUCUGGACCAGUCAGUUAUGGAUCCAGGAGCAGGCAGUGUGUUCCGAAUGCGGCUUUGAUCAGUGCUGAAAACAUCGGAGCAUUUGAGAGGUAUGUGUGGAGAGCGAAGGCAGCAAAAUGUUUAUUCAGCAAGCUGCUGGCUGCUGCCGGAGAAAGCUUUGAAACAGUCGUAAACCUGUCCCAGUGAUUAAUUGACUGUGAGAUAGAGCUGGAGCGGAGGCAUUUUUCCAAAGUGAUUGCCUGUAACGGGUGGCUGGAAAAAUGGAGAAUAUGCUUGGAAGCUCUAACCAGAUAAUUCUUCUGGAUGGGACUAAUUAUCAUACAUGGAAAAUAUAUGUAGAAGGCAAGUUAAGACUUGCAAAGCUCUGGCAUGUGAUUGAUGAGAACCCCCCCCCCCGUGCCAGUGACGAAUGCUUGGGCUCAAUGUGACUCACAAGCUCGCGGUUUGAUUAUUGGAUGUGUCUCAGCUACAGAAUUAAUUACCCUUGCUAACAGAGCGUCUGCGAGACAAAUGUGGGAGGGACUACGUGAAGCUCAUGAACGCAAACAGGCAGGGUCAGUUCUAUUGUUUUUUCGGACUCUGCACAACAUGAAACUCCAGCCGGGAGGUGAUUUACGUGCCCACAUUCUUGAAAUGCAGCGGCUGAGGGAGGAACUGGUGAAUCGUGAAUUUGUUUUGCCAGAAGCUGUGUUUGCAGUGUUGAUUCUGGACUCUUUAGACCACAGCUUUGAUGCCAUUGCUAGCCAGUUAGCAGCCCUCCCCACAAGAGAUUUAACAGCAGCUAGAGUAAUUGCUGUAUUGCAAAAUGAGUGGGAUCGGAGGAGAGCAGAGGGCGCCAGUUGCAAAUCACAGGAGCCAGCUGCUACGUGCCAAUCUCAAGCUGAUAACGCUAGAGCCUUCACGAUCAAAUGCUAUGGUUGCGGAGGUCAGGGUCACGUAAAGCGAAACUGCAGAAAGAAGCAAGAUAAGCAAAGACCAAUAGCUGCUGCAAAUUUCAAAGGCAAGCAAGGAAAGGGGGGUGGCAGCGGUGGAAAGCAGCCAAGUGGACAGCGUAAAGCUAUGCUGGCUAAGAUAACAGCAACUUCAAAGGCUAAUAACUUAUUUGUUGUUGAUUCUGGUGCGACUCAUCACAUCUGCCGAGACCGACAUCUUUUUGUUUCAUUUCAAGCCUAUAAGGGGAAGAUUUUACAGGCAGGUGGAUCAUCUUUGGACAUUCAAGGAACUGGGACAAUUGUGUUAGAAUCUCUAAACCUAGAGAUUGCUGAUGUGCUUUAUGUGCCAAAAGCAAAGGAUAAUUUACUUUCAGUUCCACAGCUGGACAGAAAGGGUUUUCACAUCUCUUUCAGGAAUGGCAUUGCCAUUAUCACUAAGAACAAUGAAGAAUACGUACGUGCUGAAAAGGUUGAUGAACUGUUUUUGAUGACUUUUGAUGAUGUAAAAGUGUCUGAGGGUGAACCUGAUGAAAAUGUUGCUUAUGUUGCUAACACAACUAAUAGGCCUCUUCAUGCAGGUUGUAUUCACGAAUACCAUCGCAUUUUUGGACACUUAGGCUGGCAAGCAGUGUCCAAGAUGCCCAAGGUUGUGCAGGGCUUGAAGCUUAAACCCUGCAAGUAUCAUAUGAAGUGUGUUUCCUGUGCACAACAUAAGGUGAAAGUUGCACCCAAAGGGAAAGUGUCUGGGAGGAAGGCAACCCAGCCUUAUCAGGUGGUCCAUGCAGACCUGGUAGGUCCACUAUCACCAUCUGUGAGUGGAUCUAGGUAUUUUAUGAUCCUAAUAGACUCCUACACCAGAUAUGUUCACGUGUUUGUGCUAAAACAGAAAUCAGAAGCCUUUUUAAAGUUCAAAGGUUUCUGUGCAUGGCUUGAAAAUGCCAGGGGCCAAAAGAUAAAGUGCCUAUUCAGUGACAAUGGAGGGGAGUUCACUUCUCAUGAAUUUAAAGCUUUUCUGUCUGAGAAGGGAAUUCAACACGAUCUGGCAUGCCCCAGAAGUCCUUGGGAAAAUGGUCUGUGUGAAAGGGCAGGACAAACCUUACAGCAGGGACUUAAAACCUUGCUGCAUGAUGCCAAUUUGCCACAACAGUAUUGGGCCGAAGCACUAUCUAAUUUUGUAUACACUCUUAAUCGCAGGUGGCAUUCAGCGAUUGAGUGUACCCCUUAUGAGAAGAUGUUUGGCAAACAGCCUUACAUCAAACACAUGAGGAUCUUUGGAUCUGACAUGUGGGUAAACACCCCACAAAGUGGUAAGCUGGGGACACGAGGUGAACCUGGUAUAUUCUUGGGAUACGAAAAUGGAGCGUACAGAGUGUUAAUGAAAAACACUCAAACUGUAAGAAUCACCAAGAGUGUCCAGUGCAA